UCAGGCGGGAGGGGAGAUAAAGAGCAUUUGCUGGUCCGAGUUUAUUUUAAACCGAAGCUGAGGUGGAAAAAUAAACGUUCCUCUUUCUAAAUGACACGUGGGGGCGGAUUUCUGCUCUUGGUGCUUAAUAACCCGGGCAGCUAUUAGUAUGGAUAAUAGAAAAUAACAGGACUUGGGGAGCUACCUGUUGGGGGAAGUGAGUGACUUUAAAAACAAAAACGGAUUGAAGAGACCAGAAUGAAACUUCACGAUCUUGUAAAGGGAAAAAGCAGCUUGUGGAUAUUUGGAUACGGCUCCUUAGUCUGGAAACCAGGAUUUGCUUACAACAGAAGCAAAGUGGGAUACAUUAAAGGAUACAAGAGAAGGUUCUGGCACGGGGAUGAUUUUCAUCGAGGGGACAAAGAAAAGCCUGGCAGAGUUGUCACACUUGUAUCAGAUCAAGAGGCCUGCACGUGGGGCGUCGCAUACGAAGUGCCUGAGUGUCAGAUUGAAGAAUCUCUUCAGUACCUAAACGUGAGAGAGGUUUUGUCGGGAGGUUACGCAACAGAGAUGGUGGAGUUCAUACCCAAAGAGAAGAGUCCGGAUUCGCUGCUGGCCCUCGUCUACAUCGCUACCUCUGAGAACCCCAUCUACCUGGGUCCAGCGUCGGACAAGGAGAUCGCUGCACAGAUCUCCAUCUGCAGCGGCAACACGGGUCACAAUAUUGAAUAUUUACAUCGACUCGCAGAGUUCAUGAGGCUCUGCUGUCCCGAGGUGGAGGAUGAGCACCUUUUUUCCAUUGAGGCAGCAGUUGUGAAGAUUUUCCAAGAAUGUGAAACACGAGACCAAAAAUCCCUGCUGGGAUUUUAAAAAUAAGCAGCACACAGCACUUUUAAAGGUGAAUAAAAACUCAUGGGGCUGAUUAAUUAUUUCUGGUGCUUUAAAAGCUGACAUGUGAAAAUAAUGAAACUUUUUGCACAUCUCAAGAGUUCACUUUAUUCACGAACACUAACGAUUUACGUUCUUCAAACCCCAAAUAUAUUUUGUUUAAGACAUAUCAUGUAUUUUUGAGUGAAUAAACAUACUCUUAAAGAGGA